AUGGGCUACCCAGAUACCGCCGAGGGCUUCAUGAUCGAAGACCAGAAGAAAUGGCAGGACUUCAAGAAGCAGGAAUUCAAGCUCAAGCCAUUCGAGGACCGCGACAUCGAUAUCGCCGUUGAGUGCUGUGGUGUCUGUGGAUCGGAUGUACACACCAUCAACGGUGGGCCAACAUCCCCCACUCACCAGGUCGAGGCAAAUCUUGGCUGACAGUUGGAUGCAGGCGGCUGGGGUGACUGCCCACUACCAAUCUGCGUUGGCCACGAGAUCGUCGGCAAGGCUAUCAAGGUGGGCAAGGACGUGAAGACGGUCAAGGUCGGCGACCGCGUCGGUGUAGGAGCUCAGAUCCAAGCCGACUUGACUUGGUGAGACUUGGAAACCACAGAGCGACUGCAUGGCAUUGGCGGCUGAUGUGUCGAAGCAACAACUGCAAGGCAGACCAGGAGAACUACUGCCCCAACAUGGUCGACACAUACGGCGCUCCUUACAAGGACGGCACGAUCGCCCAGGGAGGCUUCUCCUCCCACGUUCGUGCUCACGAGUACUUCACCUUCAAGAUCCCUGACAACAUCGAGAGCGAGGUCGCAGCACCCAUGCUCUGCGCUGGCCUGACUGUGUACAGCCCUCUCGUGAGAUUGGGCGCCGGUCCGGGCAAGAAGGUGGCCAUCGUAGGACUGUGAGUGCAACGUCCUCUGGCGCUGCCAAAAAAAAACACACAUACUCAUUCAUGUUCUAGUGGAGGUCUUGGCCACUUCGCCGUCUUAUGGGCAGUCGCGCUCGGUGCCGAAGUCUACGUCCUCUCCCACAGCCCGAGCAAGAAGGAGGACGCUCUCAAGAUGGGCGCCAAGGAGUUCAUCGUGACCGGCGAGCAGGGCUGGCACGAGAAGUACCCCUUCACCUUCGACUUCAUCCUCAACACCGCCGACGCGAUCCACAAGUUCAACAUGAAGGAGUACUUUGGCACUCUCAAAGUCAUGGGCCGCUUCCACCAAGUCGGAUUCGGUGAUCAUCCGCUUCCCGUAAGCUUCUAACAUCAGCGCCUUGGAAAUGAGAUCGUCGCUAAUGGUUCUUCUCUCCCGCAGACGAUGAUGGCACAGGACUUCGCCCCGACCGGCUGCUAUUUCGGUGCCUCGCACAUCGGCAACCGCCCCGAAAUGCUCGCCAUGCUCGACCUGGCCAGCAAGCAGAACAUCAAGUCGUGGAUCCAGACCACCGACGUCGGCGAGAAGGGCUGUGCCGAGGCCGUGGACGCCGUGGCGAACAACAAGGUCCGGUACCGAUAUGUCCUGACCAACUACGAAAAGGCCUUUGGCAAGCGCGAUUAA